AACGUUCUAACAGGUUUACUGUUAGGCCGGUAAUCGUCCAACAUGAGUGUUUCAUCUGAUAGCUACUUACGACUUUACAUUAAACAUAUCUUUCGACGAGGAGAAUUUGCGUUGGUGUUGGAGUGAUUCGUGACAAUACAAAGUCAUUGAUUAUAUGGAACACGUGGGCUGUAGUACACAUGCAUACAGAAAUAACGGGGUCAUACCGGAAGGAAUCUUUGUUGAGUUGGCCAUGACCCGGAAGUUGCUGUUGGUUCUGCUACUUUGUGUGACUGUGGCAACAUGUGCUACAAAUCAGUGUAGCAAAGUGUGUAAAGACGGCCAGAAAUGUUACCGAAUAGGCUCCACUGAGUUUUGUGGUCCUGACCUUUCCAAUAUCAGUUCCGUCUUUGGCAACCCUGGAGGAUGGCCGCCGCCGCCGCCGCCGCCACCGCCACCGCCACCGCCACCGCCGCCGCCACCGCCGCCAUCAACGCCACCGCCUGGGAGGUAAACUUCAAGAAGGCCUGUUGUACAGUUCAGAGUACAUCUCUUGAAUAA